AUUGGCGUGGCGUACUCGUUUAUCAGAGAUAUUCCUGAUAAAUAUUUACCUACAUUACCGUUGCCACGAGUGUUAAAAUAAGUUUGAUAAUAAUUAAUUCAAAGUAAACAGUGUCAAAAAGAUUGUGUGUUCCAAAUUAUGGAAAAUAAAAAGAAAACUUUGGACGACCUGCCUACAAACGUAAAACAGUGUAUAAACAACGUUAUUGAAGCGGAAAGACAUGCCAAAUACGAUGUUUAUGUGAGGAAUAUUUCUACUUGCGGUAAUAACUUUAUGGGUGAAUUAUUUGAGAUUGAUGUGACAAGCGCUGAUAAAGAAACAAAUAUAUUUGUUAAAAAAAUUAUAAAUAACGAAGACUUUAAAGUGUAUUCUAUAGCGGAAGUUUAUGAAAAGGAAGCAUUUAUUUACAAUGAACUUAGUGAUAUUUAUAGAGAAAUUCAAAAAUAUAGCAAAAUCCCAUCGGAUAUUGAAUUUAAAUUCCCCAAAAGUUACAAAGAGACAAAUGUAAACGCAAUCAUUUUGGAAAAUAUAAUAAAACGAGGUUAUAAACAGAAAGACAGAUUUGACCUGACUACGCUUGACUUUGGAGAAAUGUCUUUAAGGGAACUUGCAAAAUUCCAUGCCUUGUCAUUUGUUUUGGAGAAACAAAGACCUGAAUACUUUGAGAGUAAAAUAAGGACCAUUAAACAAUCGUUUGUUUAUGACGAAUACUGGAACGUAUUAGUUAAGAAAAUGUGUGAAGUGUCUAUUGCUCAGUUAAAAGAAAGCGAUAAAGAACGAGUCAGGCAGUUUAUUACACUUUCCUCAGUUAAGUAUCCACAGUAUAUGACAGGUGGAAGUUGUUCUAUCAAAUGCUUAUGUCAUGGAGAUUAUAAAAUGAAUAAUGUUAUGAUUAAGGAAGAGAAUGGAAAAUUCAUUGACGUCCUACCAAUCGAUUACCAGCAAAUAUAUUAUGGGAAUCCAAUCAUCGAUCUUAUUUACUUUAUAUACGCAUCAAGCGACAGGCCUUUCAGAAAGCAACACCUCCAUCACCUGAAAGAUUUCUAUUAUAGCGCCUUCAGCGAAUACCUUAGCAAUUUCGACAUGACUGUACAAAAUGUUUACCCAAAGGAAGAAUUCGACAAAUGUUUCAAAGAGUGCUUAGACUAUGCUUUGAUGUUUUCUUUGUAUUUUUAUCCGUUUUUCUAUAUAUCAGAGGACGAUACACACGAUGGAAAUGACGAUUUAAUGGACGUCACGAUAAGAGUGGAUAAAAUAAUGAGAGACAGGAUUCAAGAUGUUGUGGACGACUUCGUUGAGCUAGGAAUAAUUUAGAAUUAUUAAAUUUCACAGUCGUUACAUUUAAAGAGUAAAAAUUAU